AUGUUGGUUAUGAUUCCGUCAAUUGCGCGUGUGUUUUUUUUUGAAAUGACAAAGUCAACAUGGUUUGCAAACUUGGUUCUAAGCUUUCUUGGUGGAUUCAUAUCUUAUCGAAUAAUUCUUGAAUAUAUUCCCAUUUUUAUACAACGAAAAUUAUAUGGAAGAGAUCGAUGCAAGGUGAAUGUUGAGCCAGUCGCAGAACCAGUCGGAGUUGUUUCAGCAGCUGUUUAUCUUAUUAUUAUGUUUUUGUUCAUACCAUUUUUGUUCUAUGAAUGGGCUUCAAAUGAGUCUCCAUUUCCGCAUGAAAAACUCUUGAUAUUUAUGUCUGCGAUAGUUGGAAUCUGUUGUGCGAUACUCCUGGGAUUUGCUGAUGAUAUGCUUGAUUUACGGUGGCGUCAUAAAUUGUUGUUUCCGACUUUGUCGUCUUUGCCUCUUCUUCUUGUAUAUUACGCCACAGGUUCAUCAACAACAAUUAUUGUUCCUAGCAUUGUUCGAAAAAUAAUUCCUGUCAGUGAAAAUAUCGAUAUUGGGUUCUUAUAUUAUCUAUACAUGGGAAUUAUGAUUGUUUUUUGUACUAAUGCAAUUAAUAUAUUGGCUGGUAUAAAUGGUCUUGAAGCAGGACAAGCUUUGAUUAUCGCUAUAUCUAUUGCACUUUUUAAUAUCAUCCAGCUUAUAAGAUUGGAAACUGAAGCUCUGUAUCAUUCGCUAUCGCUUUAUUUCUUGUUGCCAUUCAUCUCAACUAACAUUCCUUUAAUUUAUUGGAAUUGGUAUGCGUUUUGCCAUUUUUUUUUAAGCUACUAA